AUGUCCGUUCCCUCAAAAACUCUAAAAACCACCGAAGAAAGUGUGCAACCGAAGAAACAAAGUCGUGAGGAGGAGAAAUCGGCGCCGUACUUCAUGUCGAAUGACUCGUAUUUGUGGUGUGAAAUCAAUCCGGAUUUGGUGUUAAUUGAGCCGCAAAUCAACGUUUCCGUUAAUUAUAAUUAUUUGGGAUUCUCGAGAAAGCCGACACGUCCGCCAGAGUCGCGAAAAAUCACUCUAAUCAAUCAUGGCGACUAUCCGAUUGCGUUCAAAGUGGAGACCACCGACAAUUUCUCCUAUUUUGUGGAUCGUCGGAAUGGAGUGCUCCCGCCACGACAGACGGUGGCGAACAUGUUGAUUCGUAUGCCAAAUACCACUGAGAUACAGCUGGCGGCUGCUCCGGUGUCCCACAGUGCUUCCAAUUUUCGUCCAUCAAUCUCGACAUCAAUGAUUGGCAAUCUCGCCGUCGAAUUCUUCAUCUGCACUGAAUUGAUUGCAUGUAUUGGGUAUUCUUCUUCAUAUGUCCGAGUCAUUGGUCGGAAGUGGUUUACAUCUUGCAUUUGGACAUUGUUGAUUAGAUGGUGGUGUGCAUAUUCGACCAGAGCUUCUGUUGCUUUCUUCGCUGAUUUCUUUGCUACUCUUCCGGCGCUCCUGUAUGCUCUAUAUUUGCAAUAUCCAUACAGUAUGAACAGGGCUAGUGCGAUCACUGCAAGUGGGAUGACGAUCCAUGCGACGAGCAUCAGUACAGAGAAUACGACAUCUUUUACUCCUUCCUUCAUUGAAUCCAUUGUUGACUUGUACAAAUUCUUGGCUGAUUUUCCAGCUGCAGCAGUGGUUUCUUUCACUUUAUCAAUUGUAUCUUUCAGGAUUCCUUCGGUUAUCAAUCUUUUUCUCAAUUUCUUGGAGUUUUCGUCGUUGAUGUUCUGCAUUUCUCUGUCUGUUCCUGUAGAGACUCCGGUUUCUUCGUCCAAAUUGGUGUGGAAUGUCUCUGGUGCCGGCAAAAUGAAUUGUUCCUGUAGCUUCCCAUUUGGUCUUGCUAGGAACUGUGGUAGCGGGUAG